ACCCGCGUUAGAACAUGGAGAUCGGUUCUUCCAGCUCUACCACUUCGGAUCGAGAUUGAGCCUCCUCCAGAGCCACCUGUAUGUCGGAAACUGGAACAGUCCAUGGAGAGGAUGGUUUACAAGGGCUUCAGUUUGGUGGUUCUUUUGACGGUGCUGCAGACCGGCAAGGGUGAAGACUACUUGGUGGCAGUGGCAUAUAGAGGAAACGACUCGUACAUCAGCUACAGAGCAGGAGAAACUGGGGGCCUUGUGGAGAUCAAGUAUCCACACUUCGCUUAUAGAACAUCACGUCAAUUAGGUCCUUUCUUGAAUGGAUCACACCUGAUAGGUGAUAAAAUGCAAAUCACGAGUGCUGUAGAAAAUGCAGUUAUCGUUGUUAGCGCAAGUGACGAAGAGAUAGACAUUGUAGUAGAUGCUGACGGUGUAUUUGUUCCACUUCCAGUAUCUGCCCUUGGGACGAAGUACAUUUUACCUUCAGGUCUCGCCCCAGUCAGUGGUUAUCGAUCCCUGUUACUAAUAGCUACACACAAGAUGAGCACUACUGUUGAUAUAUUCUUUCGAAUGAACAGAGGAAGUAUUGACUUUACCAAUCACCGUUACAGUGACGGCGAUGUAUUAUCCCUUAAACUCAAUCCGUAUCAAACUUUGAGGAUGUCCACUCCAUAUGAUCUGAAUGGAACGGUGAUUAACAGCGAACACAGCGUAGCUGUCUAUAGUGGUAUUGAAUAUGCCUCUGACUACACGGUGUAUGACCAACUACUGCCCAUCAAGCACUACGGACAGGAGUAUGUUGUUGCUGUAGAUGACACCAAACUGGAGCUGCAGAUCAUCAGUGAACACAGCCACGUGCAGAUCACCUUCAGUUCUGGAGCCACAGUCUCUACUGGCGAUCGUCGUGUCUAUAACCGCUCACUUGAACGGGGAGAGAGUCUUCACUUCACCGCCACAAGCCCGAUACUGGUGACACUCAGUCGAGCAGAUGGUUACAGUAGUUCCUUCACAACUGUACCACCUGUACACUCGUACGUCACACACAGAUCACUCUGGUUAUAUCGUAACGGUCUAAGACUAAACCUGAAGAUACUAACUGACACUAGAGCGACCGUGAACGAUCGUCUGACAUGGAGAGGUAUAGCGGGCAGCAAUUACAAAGUUGGCACACUGGUACAGUCACAGUCACGACAUUCAUUUACAUUCAUAUCCAGCGACUUCCCCUUCACUGUUCUGUCCUUCUAUAACGGAUCGGUCUAUAACAGCGGCUACAAAGUGUCUGUAGAUGAACCAGUACAUUAUACAGGUCCAACGUACUUGGUGGCACUGGCUAAGGGCAAACACGGAUUAAAUCCUCUGAUACUCGCCAGUGCUUGGGAGAAUGGAGGUCAAUGGCGGAUACAGGAUCCAAACUCUAGGUUCCGGGUCUGGUCCCGGUGCUUUAAUCCAUACAACACAGACUACUUUUACCCCAUUGUCCAAGCUUACGCAGUAAUUCUUGUGCUUGUGUUGGUCAGAGAUGAUGCUGUUCAGAUCAAAGGUAACCUGGACUUUUACGCCUGGUUCUCUCCCCUUCCUGUGACGGCACUAGGCACGAAAUACAUCAUGUCUUCCUGUCGCACACCGAAUUACAUGUCCGUCUUGCUGAUAGCCACACACAGCAAAUGGGCGGGUAUUGACAUCAUCUUUAGACUGGAAGGCUACGUUGCCUAUAAAGGCAGGGAGUACACCAACGGGGACACUCUCAGAAUCACCUUAUAUAGCUAUCAGACUUUCUCCUUAAACAGUAAAUCUGAUAUGACAGGAACCAUCGUUAUGUCAACGGAGACACUAGCGGUCUAUAGUGGAACAUACACUGAGAGGUAUGACGUAUUUAAUACUUUCGAGCAAUUACUGCCUGUGAAACAUUAUGGAAAUGAAUAUAUUUUCUCUAUCCAUGAUUAUGACUCUCGAAGAUACUCAAGGACCUCUUCUUACCAACUUCAAGUUGUUACUGACCACAGUGACACCAGCAUCAUGUUUGAUGACGGUGAUAUCAUAUCAGUGGGUGAAGUUGGAGUGUAUCGCAAAGAAUAUGGACAUUUGGAAUCGUUCUACUUCAACACCACAAGACCAGCCAUGGCCACAUUGUGUGCUAAUAAACGCCUUGGCAGUGCUGCUGGGUUAGUUGUAGUGCCCCCUGUAAGCCUCUACUCCAAGUUAACAACGCAAGAAGCCCCAGGUACCAUGCAGAUUUUGACAGACCAAGAAAACAACAAUGUGGACGUUCAACAAAUCCAUGACACUGGCUCUACAGUUUUCAUCCCUCCGGUGACAUGGAAGAAUCUGUCAGGUACAAGAUACAAAGUGGGAACAUUGAGAGGUAGUAGUUACACAACAACAACCAUCCGUUCUAAUUCUACCUUUGCUGUCCUUGGAUACUAUUACAAGACCAUAUACAACGGAGGGUACAGUUUUAGGACAUAUCGAGAUACAGAAAACUCUGCACCAGAUGAAAUUGGCAACUUAAAUACCAGUGGAAUGUUUCAAGACAAGCUUUACCGAAUCAUUCCAGAGAACUCUGCACCAGAUGGAAAUGGAAGCAACUUAAAUACCAGUGGAAUGUUUCAAGCUGACAGUCCAAACAACGCUGCAGUGAUUGUGGGUGUAGUCUGUGGGAUUGUCAUUGUGGCUCUCCUGGUCGCCUUUGCGGCAUAUGUGUUCUACACGCGGAGGAAGAUGAAGCCAGUUGCAGAACAAGGAGCUGAUGCUCCUUCAAUCUCCAGGAACAUCUACGCGGAGCCUGAUAUUGUCGCUGGAGGUGCAGCAGGUGAAGACACGUGCAUGGAGACUUACAUUUAACUCCACACCUUGCGACAUCAACAUCAACGACAUUACUGCCAAUAUGUCAAUUUCGAAUGUUAAUCAAAUUAAGCAUGAAUCGGAAGUUUUAAGAAAACAUUGAGACAUUAUCGUGUCGUAUUGUAAAAAUCGUCAUAUUCCAACACUUUGAAAAUUCAUGUUGUACUGAUUUGCCGGCGUGGUUAUGGUUCAUUUCACCCAAACUACUUUAAAUAACCAGCACGUGAACAUCCAAAGGAUAUGUGCAACUGCUAUAUAUAUCAGAAUACAAACAGAUUUGAUUCAUCACAUGCACAUCCAAAUGACUGUCGUAUAUCGAUGUUGAAACUAGAGAUUUACUAAAUAGAAUCUGCUACAGUUUGAGCAAAACAUAAAGCAUUGCACAGAAUAUUAGAAUGGCUUUCUUCACUUACAUAUCUGUUAUAUAUGAAUUUGUUUAGACUAAAAAAACAUCGUUGUUUUCUGAAAAGCCUAAAGAACAGGAAGAAUCAUUUACCAUGCCCCUUCUCUGUAUAUCUUUUUCAGGUGUGGUAGUAUAUAUAGACACGGGAGUACAAUUCAUUCCAUAGAUUGUACUCGUGUGUCAGGGCGUUUGUAUCCUUAUUACAAAUACAUGUGGUGGGUGCUACCAUUGGGGAAACAUGCAUACCUUUCGGUGUCAUUGCUUAUUUUUAGUGAUCCUGCUAUUUUGCACGUUCACACUGGAAUCCAUAACUUCAGAUAACCUAGACUGGUUCAAGUCUGAAUUUGACGUUGUGUAUCUAUCUAUGUGAAUGAAUCGGGAAAGACGAGAGUAUGUGAGUAGAGAUUUAACUCAUUUGUGUUCUAUUUCUUGUGAACUUUAUUUGUCGUUUUAUUUUUGUUACAAAUAUAUUGUUUAUUGUUCCGUUUAUUAAGUACACAGAUGCAUAUGUG